UGCCCGCGGUACUUUGGCGCAUUUUCUUUAUUUUCAUUCAACCGCGACUCCCUCCCUCCGGUUUUAAGAGUCCCGUCACGACCAUCGCUACAACUGAACCCUAAUUUCACCCUCUCGCAUUUCUCAACACUCUUCUUCUUUCUCCAUCUCAAAUGGCAUAGAGCCACACUUCAAAACCCUAAUUUCAACAACAACAACAACCACCAAUUAGGGUUUCACACCCUACCCCAUUUUCUUCGAAGAACAAAACCACCAAUUAGGGUUCGCACCGCGCAGAAGACACUCCUCAACUCUGGAAAACGCACUUUCUCCUUCGUGGUGAACUUCGCAGCGAAACGAGCAGCUUUUACACCUUCGACAACGAACGAACGACUGAAGAAAUAACUGGCCAUGGCAGACCAUCGAAAUGGAAGUGCCCAAGCUGCCAAUGGAAAGGCUAGUGCAGCAGGAACUGCCUAUUCUAUUGAUCUGAAUGCAUUUCAGACCAGAAUGAAGACAUUUUAUUCACAUUGGGAUGAACACAAAACUGAUCUCUGGGGCUCUUGUGAUGCAAUUGCUGUGGCAUGUCCUCCGCCUUCUGAAGAUCUGCGAUACCUGAAAUCUACUGCUCUGAACUUGUGGCUGCUUGGAUUUGAGUUCCCAGAGACGAUUAUGGUCUUCACAAAGAAACAAGUCCAUAUAUUGUGCAGCCAAAAGAAGGCAUCCAUUCUUGAAUCAGUCAAAAAACCUGCCAAAGAGGCAGUUGGUGCGGAAAUUGUUUUGCAUGUCAAGCCUAAGAAUGAUGAUGGAACCACUCUUAUGGAUUCUAUAUUUCAUGCCAUUCGAACUCAGUCAAAGGCUGACGGCGGGGAUGUUCCCACUGUUGGUUACAUAUCAAGAGAGGCUGCUGAAGGGAAACUGCUUGAAACAUGGGCUGAAAAAUUAAAAAGUUCUAAAUUUAAUCUUACUGAUGUGGCCAAUGGGUUAUCUAUGUUGUUUGCUGCUAAGAAUAAUGAGGAGCUUACAUCUAUUAAAAGAGCAGCAUACCUGACAACCAGUGUGAUGAAGAACUUUGUGGUUUCGAAGCUUGAGAAUGUAAUUGAUGAAGAGAAGAAAGUUUCUCAUUCUACUUUGAUGGAGGAGACUGAGAAAGUUAUACUUGAACCUUCUAAAGCUAACUGUAAACUGAAGGCUGAGAAUGUUGAUAUUUGUUAUCCCCCAAUUUUUCAGAGUGGGGGGGAGUUUGAUCUGAGGCCUAGUGCUGUCAGCAAUGAUGAUUUACUUUACUAUGACUCUGCCAGUGUGAUUAUAUGUGCUGUGGGGGCUCGGUAUAAGAGUUACUGCUCAAACAUAGCCAGGACUUUCUUGAUUGAUGCCAUUUCUCUUCAAAGUAAGGCUUAUGAGGUUCUUCUGAAGGCCCAUGAAGCUGUCAUUGGUUCUUUUAAGCCUGGAAAUAAAUUGAGUUCCGCAUACCAAGCUGCAGUUUCUGUUGUGGAAAAGGAAGCUCCUGACUUACUUCCCUUCUUGACAAAGUCUGCUGGAACAGGAAUCGGUAUUGAGUUUCGAGAGUCAAGUCUGAAUCUUAAUGCAAAAAAUGAGCAGAUAGUGAAAGAAGGCAUGGUCUUCAAUGUUUCACUUGGAUUUCAGAACUUGAAGAGUGAGAACAGUAAGUCAAAGAACAAGGUCUUCUCUCUCUUGCUUGCUGACACUGUCAUCAUAAACAAAGACAAGACAGAAGUAGUGACUUCUAUGAGCUCAAAAGCUCUUAAAGAUGUGGCGUAUUCUUUCAAUGAGGAUGAAGAGGAAGAGGAAAAGCCUAGUGCAAAAUCUGAUGCCAAUGGUGCAGAGCACUUAAUGUCUAAGACAACUCUAAGGUCAGACAAUCAUGAAGUUUCAAAAGAGGAACUCAGAAGGCAGCAUCAGGCAGAACUUGCACGUCAGAAAAAUGAAGAAACUGCAAGGCGUCUUGCUGGUGGCGGAAAUGGGGCAGGAGAUAACCGUUCCUCUGUGAAGAAUUCUUCAGAACUGGUGGCCUACAAGAACAUAAAUGACCUUCCUCCUCCCAGAGAAAUGAUGAUUCAGAUUGAUCAAAAGAAUGAAGCAGUUCUCUUGCCCAUAAAUGGAAGCAUGGUUCCUUUUCAUGUGGCUUUCAUUCGAACAAUUAACAGCCAACAGGACACCAACCGCAAGUGCAUUAUCAGAAUUAUUUUUAAUGUUCCUGGGACAGCCUUCAAUCCUCAUGAUUCAAAUUCAAUGAAGUUCCAAGGAUCUAUAUAUUUGAAGGAGGCUUCAUUCCGCUCUAAGGAUCCAAGGCAUAGCAGUGAAGUUGUGCAGUCCAUUAAAACACUUAGGCGACAAGUUGUAGCCAGGGAAUCUGAGAGAGCUGAAAGGGCAACCCUGGUUACCCAGGAGAAACUGCAGCUUGCUAAUAACAAAUUUAAGCCGAUAAGGUUGUCUGACCUCUGGAUCCGCCCUGUUUUUGGUGGCCGUGGAAGGAAACUACCGGGUACACUGGAGGGUCAUGCGAAUGGAUUUCGCUACUCUACCACCAGGCAAGAUGAGCGUGUGGACAUAAUGUUUGCCAACAUUAAACAUGCAUUUUUUCAGCCAGCAGAGAAUGAAAUGAUUACACUUCUGCACUUUCAUCUGCACAACCACAUUAUGGUAGGAAAUAAAAAGACCAAGGAUGUUCAGUUUUAUGUUGAGGUAAUGGAUAUGGUACAGAACAUUGGAGGUGGGAAAAGAUCAGCCUAUGACCCUGAUGAACUUGAAGAAGAACAGAGAGAGAGAGACCGAAAGAACAAAAUCAAUGUAGAAUUUCAGACCUUUGUGAAUAGAGUGAAUGAUCUCUGGGGGCAACCACAAUUCAAUGGACUUGACUUGGAGUUUGAUCAACCUCUAAGAGAACUUGGCUUCCCUGGAGUACCUCAUAAAUCUUCAGUAUUUAUUGUUCCUACUUCAGCCUGCCUUGUUGAACUGAUAGAGAUCCCAUUCCUUGUUGUUACACUAAGUGAGAUUGAGAUUGUGAAUCUAGAGCGAGUUGGGCUUGGGCAGAAGAACUUUGAUAUGACAAUUGUGUUUAAGGACUUCAAGCGGGAUGUGCUUAGGAUUGAUUCUAUCCCUUCUACAUCACUGGAUGGCAUCAAGGAGUGGCUUGACACCACAGACAUCAAAUAUUACGAGAGUAGGCUGAAUCUGAACUGGCGUCAGAUCCUAAAGACAAUCACUGAUGACCCUCAAAGCUUUAUUGAAGGUGGUGGUUGGGAGUUUCUGAAUUUGGAAGCUACUGAUUCAGAAUCUGAUAACUCAGAGGAGUCUGAUAAAGGUUACGAACCAUCUGAUGUGGAGCCGGAGUCUGAUUCUGAAGAUGAAGAUUCUGACAGUGAAUCACUUGUUGAGUCUGAUGAUGAUGAUGAGGAGGAUGAGGACUCUGAGGUAGAUUCAGAGGAAGAGAAGGGAAAGACAUGGGAAGAGCUGGAGAGGGAAGCAAGCAAUGCAGAUAGGGAGAAAGGGAACGAGUAUGACAGUGAUGAAGAUAGGCAGAGAAGGAAGGCGAAAGCCUUUGGUAAGUCACGAGCCGGUGCAAGUAGUAGCAUGCCCAAGCGCUCCAAGUUAAGAUAGAUUUUGUUUAUUGUUCUUUGACUGGUUUAGUAGUACAGAUGCUUUAUGUUGUUGCUGUGGAUUGCAGUUCGUGUUUGGACUAAUUGUCGUAUCAUUGUAACUUAGAUUUUCGUUUGCAUAGCUCAGUAUCGGAUAGCCCUUGAAUCGAAUUUAUGUUUCCUUGAACGUGGUUUUAUCUUUUAUACAAUUGCGGCUAUUUUAUGUUUCCUGAUUAA